GAGAGGCAGCGCGGCGCGCACCGACGAGGGGCUGCCGGGGGCCUCGCGGGGAAGAUGUAAGCGCGUGGGGUCUCGCUGGCCUCCGAGCACCAUGCAGAAAGGGAUCCGGCUGAACGAUGGCCACGUCGCGUCCCUGGGACUGCUGGCACGCAAGGACGGCACGCGCAAAGGCUACCUGAGCAAGCGGAGUUCGGACAACACAAAAUGGCAAACCAAGUGGUUCGCGCUGCUGCAGAAUUUGCUCUUCUACUUCGAAAGCGACUCGAGCUCUCGGCCCUCGGGGCUCUACCUGCUGGAGGGCUGCGUCUGCGACCGCGCGCCCUCCCCCAAGCCGGCGAUCUCUGCCAAGGAGCCGGCGGAGAAACAGCAUUACUUCACGGUGAACUUCACCCAUGAGAACCAGAAGGCCUUGGAGCUGAGGACAGAGGAUGCAAAGGACUGUGACGAGUGGGUGGCAGCGAUCGCUCAUGCCAGCUACAGGACACUGGCCACGGAACACGAGGUGCUCAUGCAGAAGUACCUGCACCUGCUGCAGAUAGUAGAGACAGAGAAGACGGUGGCCAAGCAGCUGCGACAGCAGAUUGAGGACGGCGAGAUCGAGAUCGAACGACUGAAGGCGGAGAUUGCAUCCCUGCUCAAGGACAAUGAACGCAUCCAGUCCACCCAGACUGUCACCCCCAAUGAUGAGGACAGUGACAUCAAGAAAAUUAAGAAGGUACAGAGCUUCCUUCGGGGCUGGCUGUGCCGGCGGAAGUGGAAGACCAUCAUCCAGGACUACAUCCGGUCUCCCCACGCCGACAGCAUGCGCAAGAGGAACCAGGUGGUGUUCAGCAUGCUGGAGGCCGAAGCCGAGUAUGUGCAGCAACUUCACAUCCUUGUCAACAACUUUCUGCGCCCGCUGCGCAUGGCAGCCAGCUCCAAGAAGCCUCCCAUCACACACGAUGACGUCAGCAGCAUCUUCCUGAACAGCGAGACCAUCAUGUUCCUGCAUCAGAUCUUCUACCAAGGCUUGAAGGCCCGCAUCUCCAGCUGGCCCACCCUGGUGCUGGCCGACCUGUUCGACAUCCUGCUGCCCAUGCUCAACAUCUAUCAGGAGUUCGUGCGCAACCACCAGUACAGCCUCCAGAUCCUGGCUCACUGCAAGCAGAACCGGGACUUUGACAAACUCCUCAAGCAGUAUGAAGCCAAGCCAGAUUGCGAAGAGCGCACGCUGGAGACCUUCCUCACCUACCCCAUGUUCCAGAUCCCCAGGUACAUCCUGACACUCCAUGAACUGCUGGCCCACACACCUCAUGAGCACGUGGAGCGCAACAGCCUGGACUAUGCCAAAUCCAAACUAGAGGAGCUGUCCAGGAUCAUGCAUGACGAAGUCAGUGAGACAGAGAACAUCCGGAAGAAUCUGGCCAUCGAGCGCAUGAUCAUCGAGGGCUGUGAGAUCCUCCUCGACACCAGCCAGACCUUCGUGCGGCAAGGUUCCCUCAUCCAGGUGCCCAUGUCAGAAAAGGGCAAGAUCACCAGGGGCCGCCUGGGGUCUCUGUCCCUCAAGAAGGAGGGUGAGCGGCAGUGCUUCCUGUUCUCCAAGCACCUCAUCAUCUGCACCAGAGGCUCUGGAGGGAAACUGCACCUGACCAAGAAUGGAGUCAUAUCUCUCAUCGACUGCACCUUAUUGGAGGAACCAGAAAACACAGAGGAGGAAGCCAAAGGAACUGGCCAGGACAUAGACCACUUGGACUUUAAGAUCGGGGUGGAGCCAAAGGAUUCCCCACCCUUCACGGUCAUCCUGGUGGCUUCAUCCAGGCAGGAGAAGGCAGCGUGGACCAGUGACAUCAGCCAGUGCGUGGAUAAUAUUAGGUGCAACGGGCUCAUGAUGAAUGCAUUUGAAGAAAAUUCCAAGGUCACCGUGCCACAGAUGAUCAAGUCUGAUGCCUCCUUAUACUGUGAUGAUGUUGACAUUCGCUUCAGCAAAACCAUGAAUUCCUGCAAAGUGCUGCAGAUCCGGUACGCCAGCGUGGAGCGGCUGCUGGAGCGCCUGACAGACCUUCGCUUCCUCAGCAUUGACUUUCUCAACACCUUCCUGCACUCCUAUCGAGUCUUCACUACCGCCGUGGUGGUCCUAGACAAGCUAAUCACCAUCUACAAGAAGCCCAUCAGUGCCAUCCCCGCCAGGUCACUGGAGCUCCUGUUUGCCAGCGGCCAGAACAACAAGCUUCUGUAUGGAGAGCCCCCCAAGUCCCCUCGUGCCACCCGCAAGUUCUCCUCACCACCACCCUUGUCCAUCAGCACAUCGUCCCCAAGCCGUCGGCGGAAGCUGUCCCUCAACAUCCCCAUCAUCACAGGUGGCAAGGCGCUGGACCUGGCUGCACUCAGCUGCAACUCCAAUGGCUACAACAGCCUGCACUCCCCCAUGUCUCCCUUCAGCAAAGCCACACUGGACACCAGCAAGCUCUGUGUGACCAGCAGCUUCUCCAACAAGACUCCAGACGAGGCCGAUACGACUACAACCACGACAACGAUGACAACCACAACCGUUACCACUACCACAACUCCCACCCCUACCCCAACCCAGACCUCCAAUCCAACCCCAACUCCAACUCCUACCCCAGCACAGACCCCCACCCUGACUCCGACCCCAACCUCAACCCCAACCCGGACUCCAACCCAGACCCCAACUCCAGCUCCAACUCCAGAGAAAUCUGAGGAGCCCUCAGCACUUAGCAAGCAGAGCUCUGAGGUCUCCGUGAAAGAAGAGUCUGAUGUUGACCAGAACCAGAGUGACGAAGGUGACACUGAGGCAUCACCAACUAAAUCUCCAUCAACACCAAAAUCAGUCAAAAACAAAAACUCUUCAGAGUUUCCACUCUUUAACUAUAACAAUGGAGUCGUGAUGACCUCAUGUCGUGAACUGGACAAUAACCGCAGUGCCCUCUCAGCGGCCUCUGCUUUUGCCAUAGCAACUGCGGGGGCCAACGAGGGCACCCCAAACAAGGAGAAGUACCGAAGGAUGUCCUUGGCCACCACAGGCUCCGCCAGUGCUGUCCUGCCAUCCUGGAGUCCGCUUCUUCCUACCCAGUCCCCUUUGGUCCUUGGUCAAAUUCUCCUGACAGCAAAGAACGCCAAUCGAGACAGCCCUCGGCACCCUUCCUCCCACCACCCACUUCCACAGCAACGGUUCCACACCAAAGCACUGCCAGGGUUCCCCCCUGACCAGAGAAAUGGCGACAAGGAGUUUGUGAUCCGCAGAGCUGCCACGAAUCGUGUGCUGAAUGUGCUCCGCCACUGGGUCUCCAAGCACUCUCAGGACUUUGAAACUAACAGUAAGCUCAAAAGCAAGGUGAUCAGCUUCCUGGAAGAGGUCAUGCGUGACCCAGAGCUUCUGACACAGGAGCGGAAGGCAGCGGCCAACAUCAUCAGGACUCUGACCCAGGACGACCCAGGUGACAACCAGAUCACGCUGGAAGAGAUCACACAGAUGGCAGAAGGUGUGAAAGCUGAGCCCUUCGAAAACCACUCAGCCCUGGAGAUAGCAGAGCAGCUGACCCUCCUGGACCACCUUGUCUUCAAGAAGAUUCCUUAUGAGGAGUUCUUUGGACAGGGCUGGAUGAAGGUAGAGAAGAAUGAAAGGACGCCUUACAUCAUGAAAACCACCAAGCAUUUCAAUGAUAUUAGUAACUUGAUUGCUUCAGAAAUUAUCCGAAAUGAAGACAUCAAUGCAAGGGUGAGCGCCAUUGAGAAGUGGGUGGCUGUGGCCGACAUAUGCCGCUGCCUACACAACUACAAUGCCGUGCUAGAGAUCACCUCCUCCAUGAACCGCAGUGCAAUCUUCCGGCUCAAAAAGACAUGGCUCAAAGUUUCUAAGCAGACGAAAGCUUUGAUUGACAAGCUCCAAAAGCUUGUGUCAUCAGAGGGCAGAUUUAAGAACCUCAGAGAAGCUCUGAAAAAUUGUGACCCACCAUGUGUCCCUUACCUGGGGAUGUACCUCACCGACUUGGCCUUCAUCGAGGAGGGGACACCCAAUUACACGGAGGACGGCCUGGUCAACUUCUCCAAGAUGAGGAUGAUCUCCCAUAUUAUCCGAGAGAUUCGCCAGUUUCAACAGACUGCCUACAAAAUCGAGCACCAAGCAAAGGUGACUCAGUACUUGCUGGAUCAAUCCUUUGUAAUGGACGAAGAAAGUCUCUACGAGUCUUCUCUCCGAAUAGAGCCAAAACUCCCCACCUGAAGCUGUACCCAUGCCCCAGCCGCUCCCGUGGACAUCUGCUAUAUGAUAUUGUACAUAAUCGUUUGGUUCCUCUGGAUUUCUUCUUCAGUAUGUGCUCCUCCAAGAAUACAAAUCUGUUCUUGUUCUUAGAUUCCUGUAGAACUGGAAUACGAAUUUCUGCAGUCUCAGACUCUGCCCCGCCCCCUCCGGAGCCUGUUCCUUCCAACAGCUGUACUCCCCCAUCAGCAAUCCCAGGCCCUCACUCCAAUCAGAAGGGGAGACAGAGCCCACCUGACACAACUCUCAAACUCCAGUCCUGCUUCGUCCCUCCCAGCCCAGGCCCCUGGGUCGGCUCGGGCCACCCAGGCAUCCUCCCCAGCAUGUUCCAUGUAGUUGUUAUA